UUAUUUGCAGGUCAGAAUGCAUGUGAAAAGAAGUCGUUCAUAUUUUUACGAAAAGAGCUACCCGUACGACUAGCGAACAUCAUGAAGGAGAUCGCGCUAUUACCAGACAAUUUAUUAAACACAAGAUCAGUAAGCCAAGUAAGCACUUGGUAUAUGAAAAGCUUCGAAGAGGUGAUAGAAUUUGAAAAAGCUGAACCGACACACUGCAAUCUACAAAAAUUUUGUAGUACGAUCGGACAAAUUCGGAAUCGACACAGUGAAGUUGUGCAGACAAUGGCACAAGGUGUCAUCGAACUGAAAGAAGCGCAAGACGGAAACGUUGACUCAGCAUUGGAAACCUCGAUACAAUAUUUUCUGGACCGUCUAUACAUGUCGCGCAUUAGCAUACGAAUGCUAAUUAAUCAGCACACGUUAUUGUUCGGUAAAUAUCCGAAUGAGCAAGGGCGACAUAUUGGCUGCUUGGAUCCGGCAUGUCAGCUAUCAUCUGUUGUGAUGGAUGCCUACGAGAAUGCGCGUUUUCUGUGUGAUCAAUAUUAUUUAACUAGCCCCGAAUUGCAAAUCAAGGAAUAUAAUCAAAUGGAAAAUGAAACGUUACCUAUACGUACUGUGUAUGUGCCAUCGCAUUUAUACCAUAUGCUUUUCGAACUAUUUAAAAAUUCUAUGCGCGCGGUUGUAGAGCGCCAUGACCAAGAUAAGUGUGAUAAACUACCACCAAUAGAAGUAAUGAUUGUACGUGGUAAGGAAGAUAUUUGCGUUAAGAUCUCAGACCAAGGUGGUGGUAUACCACGUUCACAAACCGAUCAACUAUUUAAAUAUAUGUAUAGUACAGCACCGCAACCUUCAAAAUCGGAUUUACAUACAGUACCAUUAGCCGGUUAUGGUUAUGGACUACCAAUUUCUAGACUUUAUGCACGCUAUUUUCAUGGCGAUAUCGUUUUACUUUCAUGUGAAGGUUUCGGUACUGAUGCUAUAAUCUAUAUGAAGGCACUUUCUGACGAGGCAAAUGAACUUUUACCCAUAUUCAAUAAGACAAGUUCUAAGUUCUAUCGUGCAACUGUACCCACUGGAGAUUGGUCCAAUCAGUUUAAUUUUCCAGGCCGCAAAAGAAAGAGUGAAUAA